ACAAACGGCCUGACUGUUCUCAUGUGCGUUACACCUAUUUUCUCUACCUCCCUUCUCCAUUCCACUGCUAUUUAAGUUUCAGAGGAGGAAACAAAGCCGGAGAGAAGCUUCGGCUGUAUGUAAGUUUGGGCGCCAUGGAGGAGAAUAAGGAUGAGGGUUCGAGCUCGUCGCCACCGGGAAUCUCCAGGUGGAGUUUGCCAAGAUCUAACAGUUUGCCUGGUGAGGUGAAAUUUGCGGAAAGUUUAGAGGCAUCAACAACUAAGCUUGCAUUGAAUAGGUCUAAAACUGAGAGAAGAAAGCAAAAUGUUGGGCGUACAGACCCUGCAGCACAGCUAUUUGAUGAUAAAAUUUCAGAUAAAAAGAAGCUUAGGAUGCUAAAAAGGAUAGCUACUGUUAGAGAUGAUGGAUCCGUGUUAGUUGAAGUCCCAAGCAAUGUUGAGUCUCCAUCUCAUUACCCAGACCCUGAGCCUGAGGAUGUUCAUUAUGAAACUUUUGAUGAGGAAUUUACUAUUCCAUGUGACAAUCAAUAUAUGCCACCUUUACAAAUAGUUAUUCUGAUUGUGGGUACGCGAGGAGAUGUACAGCCAUUUGUUGCUAUUGGUAAACGUUUACAGGAUUAUGGCCAUCGAGUUAGACUAGCAACACAUGCAAACUUUAAAGACUUUGUUUUGACUGCUGGUCUUGAGUUUUAUCCGCUUGGAGGAGAUCCAAAAGUUCUCGCUGGAUACAUGGUUAAGAAUAAAGGAUUUCUACCUUCUGCACCCUCUGAGAUUCCAGUUCAGAGAAAGCAAAUCAGGGAAAUUAUUUUCUCUUUACUUGCAGCCUGCAGGGAUCCAGAUGUGGAUUCCGGCAUUCCUUUCAAAGCUGAUGCCAUUAUUGCUAAUCCCCCGGCAUAUGGGCAUACACAUGUUGCAGAGGCGCUUAAUGUACCAAUCCACAUUUUUUUUACGAUGCCAUGGACGCCAACUACUGAAUUUCCACAUCCUCUUUCACGAGUAAAGCAAUCUGCGGGAUACCGACUUUCCUAUCAAAUUGUUGAUUCUAUGAUAUGGCUUGGAAUACGGGAUAUGAUUAAUGAUUUUAGAAAAAGAAAGUUGAAGUUGCGGCCUGUCACAUAUUUGAGUGGUGCCCAGGGCUCUUCAUCUGAUAUACCCCAUGGUUAUAUUUGGAGUCCUCAACUUGUCCCAAAACCAAAAGAUUGGGGGCCGAAGGUUGAUGUUGUAGGGUUUUGUUUUCUUGACCUCGCAACAAAUUAUGAACCCCCAGAGCAACUAGUUAAAUGGCUUGCAAGUGGUGAAAAGCCCAUCUAUAUUGGAUUUGGAAGUCUUCCUGUGCAAGAGCCAGAAAAAAUGACGAAAAUUAUUGUUGAGGCACUGGAAAUUACAGGACAAAGGGGCAUCAUUAAUAAGGGAUGGGGUGGCCUUGGAGACUUACCUGAACCAAAGGAGUCUGUUUAUCUAUUGGACAACGUUCCACAUGAUUGGCUAUUCUUGCAUUGCAAAGCAGUGAUCCAUCAUGGUGGUGCUGGAACAACAGCUGCUGGCCUCAAAGCUGCGUGCCCAACUACAGUUGUACCUUUCUUUGGGGAUCAACCCUUUUGGGGCGAGCAAGUGCAUGCUAGAGGAGUAGGGCCUGACCCAAUACCUGUUGAACAAUUCACACUGCCAAAGCUUGUUGAUGCCAUAAAGUUCAUGCUCAACUCACAGGUGAAAGAACGGGCAAUUGAUCUGGCUAAAGCCAUGCAAUCAGAGGAUGGGGUUGCUGGAGCAGUACAUGCCUUUCUGAGGCAUCUACCGCCUCGACUGAUGCAAGCUGAAACUUCACCAACUGAGCCAAGGUUCUUAAAUUCCUACUUCGGUGCUUUUAGGAGAUGCCUGGGCUGUGCCUGAUCAUUUGUGCAUAUAUAUUUGCUCAUCCAUCUUCACUCCCUUCACCUAGGGGCUUGUUUUAGCAUAUUUAGGCUUCGUUUGAGACUGCUUUCUUACCGCUUCUUAAAAUAGUUUUUAUAU